UUAAUAGUAAUCUAUGUUUUUUUAAAUAUUAACUGGCGCUUUUUGUAAAGAAAGAGUUAAAUGAAUUUAACGUCAUCACCAAGAGCAAGCAGAAAAUCUAGAAGAAGUUCAAUUCGACGAUUGUCAUCUCUAGAGCCUACUUUACUGGAAAAAAGAAUUGCUGAUGCAUUUGACGUGUUUGAUAAUGCUCGAAGUCAUGAAGUUGAUGUUCGUGAACUUGGAACGAUCAUAAGAUCACUUGGAUGUGUAAUAAGUGAAGCUGAGCUUCAGGAAAUUCAAGUUGAAGUUGAAGAUGUAGAAAAUAAUUGUGUUACUCAGGAAAGAUUUGUUGAAUACAUGUCUAAAGCUAUUCGUGAACAAAAAUUUAAACCAGCUGAACCAGAGGAUCUUCUUCGAGCUUUUCAAGUAUUUGAUCCUGAAAAUCGAGGAUACAUUAUGCGAUCAGAAUUAGAAAAAGCAAUGAUAGAAAUUGGUGAACCAUUUAGCGAAGAAGAAAUUAAAGAAAUGAUGGCAUUUGCAAGUGAUCCAUCAUCUAAUAAAAUUAAUUAUGAACACUAUAUUAAUUCUUUAAUUGUAAGUAUCAUAUUUUGUUGCUUUUUUAAUACCAAAAUUAGAAAAUUAUUCCUACUCCUUUCCAUGUUAGAAUAAAAUUCCUGAUGAUGAAAAUGUUUAUAAAAUA